AGUCUGUGUCCAGUUUUCUUUCUUUCUGUCUCCUCCCCAACUAUUCCUUUGGGAGGAACCCGGGGGAGAGAUACAGGGCUUGUUUGGGGAGAGCGGGGUGGGGGGUGUCUUAUUUUUCCAUGCGCUUUCAAGCAGAGGUGGGAAUCUGCUGAGGAAGAGCUGGAGGGGCGCGGCUGUCUAGGGCUGUGGAUCUCGGCCUGGUGUGCCGUGGCCCAGGCAAGGCCUCGGUUAUGAUCACGACCGGAUGGCGGCGGCCUGGCGUUCCUACUCCGCGGGUCCUGAACGGCAGCCUAGGCGAUCUGAUUGGGGGGAAUUCGCGUCGUUUUGUGUGCCCAUUCCGAGGGCAAGGAGGCCUUCGCUGACUUCAUUGGGGAGAUGAGGCUGAGUCCUGGGCUCAGCCAGGCUCGGUGGAACGACACGCAGGGAACUGCCACAAGGCUUCCUCUGGAUUCCCGGCCUGCUGGUCCAGACUCCGGCGUUAAUCGCGAUAAGGGAGCCCCGGUAGGGCAAAGAUUGGCUGUUUGCUUGUCAGUAGUUUCUAUUAGGGUCAGAGGAUGUCAGAUAUGACAUCCUUGUGGGGACAGUACUAGAGAAGGGAACCGUUCCAGUGCCAGUGUGGUUCAUAUAAUAGGGGAAAGGAGGCCUAAAUUCUAGACGCUGUGUCCGCAUUCCAAGUUGUAGUCCACGGUUUGAAGCCAGUGAGGCCAUUCUCAUUACCGGGAACUGAAAACAAUUUCCACCCCUGGGAAUCCAACACACCUAGGGGCCUUCAGGCGCAAGCACACGGAACAGUGCUUCCCUUCCCAGCUCCAGCAGCCCGGAAACUAUUUUCACUGCCCAGCCUGCCCUCCUGUUAUCGGAGAGGCUGUCACAGGAUAUUCUCCUCAAUUCCUCUCUGCCAUUUUUCAGGACUUGAGUAGUGGAUUCGUUUUGGAGGCCAAGGUUUUGGAACUCUCAGGCUAGAAAAGGCAGUUUGUAAUUACACCCAUUUAUUGUUUCUUUAUGCACACAUAAUCUCUUUCACCUCCAAAAUAAAAGCAAACACAAAAGCCUGAAUAUUCUCUCCCCAAACCUGUAGGCUAAAUAGGAAUAAUAAUAUUUAGUUUUGUGAUUUCCCCCUUUUCCUGGCACCAGUAAGGAGUGUUUAAUUCUCAACGCCGGAUAAUUAUUUAGAAGCCAUUCUAUUUGGAAAGUCUAAGGUUAUUUAAAGAAGCAUAGUCUGUUUUAUUUUACACAUAUUUUACUAACAAUAAUUGGUGUCUUCUCUGGUUACCGAAAAAAAAAGGAAAAGGCAACCAGGCGUGUCCAGGCUGUUUGCAGACAAUUACAAUUAGGAGUCAAGGUUUCCUCCAGAGUUAAUUUUUCUUAAUGAAAAUCUAAGGGGUCGAUAUUUAGGACACCCUGGGCUGCGGUGGGGGUGGGGAUACGGCGGAGGAAUUUACAAGGAAAGUAAAAUAUUAGGGAGGAGGGGGCUGAGGCGGCCUGGACCGGCCACGUCGGAGUUCAUUGUGUCGGCCACUUCCCUCUUCCGGCGCGAGCAGAGGAAGGGGGCACCCAGUGGCUCUCUGCGCGGCUCCGCAGCCUCAUUCUCUGGGAGAGCCUGGCAUUUGCGGGUUUUCGCCUGGGACAGGGAUGUAUCCGGGUUUGGGGGGAUUACUGGAACUGUUGGGGAGGAUGAAGGAAAUACAGAAGAUGGAAGCGACCGAUGCCGCCCGCCCGCCCUCCCCGCCAGGGAAGAGGGCUAAUGAGAAACACACUCUUGCAGGCACAAUGUUCACACGUGAAUUUAAUUACCCCCUUUUAGGAGUCGCCUCUUUCUGUUCAGAUUGGGGGUAGGUUUUGUUUUGUUUUGUUCCCCAAUUAACAUACAGGCCGAGGUCUUUUACCUCUGAAAGACGCUAAGGAGUAAGAAAUACCUUCCUCAAUUUGGCCAAGCUAAGAAAUAGGAUUAACAGUCAAUGCCCUGUGCCCCUCCCUGUUUUAAUUUCUAGCCCUGGACUUGAUCUGCAGCCCGAGUUUUGGGCCUUGUAACUGCCGAGCCGUGGGUCGGGUGGGUAACCUAGGCGGGUCCGGGAUAGUGGUCAGAAAGGAAGGAGCCCAGGACUCAUACGGGGGCCUAGAGGCUAACCGCUCCGGUGACGGCUUCCCAGCUACUAGAGCCAAGGGGUCUCUUAGGCGGAGCUGCUUUUUCGCCAGCAAACUCGCCUUUCAUUGAUCCUGCUUCGUGUUUUUUCGCAGUUCGGGUUCAGGGAAUGCGACGAGGCUUGCAGAGCUCAGCAUUAGGGCCUCCAAGGUCGGCACACACGGCUGGGACGCCUAUUGGGUCCGCCCGGGGUGUGGAUAGCGAUUCCGGCGGACCGCGAGCUGGGCGCGCUGGUCGUGCGUGUACGCGGGGAUGGAGCCGAGCGCGCGGCACAAUCAGGUCCUCAAAUCCGUGGCCCCAGGGUAGACUGGCCACUCUCUCCCUGGCCGCUCCUCGGUGGGGCCCUCGCUGGAGGCUCAGCAGCGAUUUGGGGAGCUGCCCGGGCGCCCUGCGCUCCAGUCGGGCAGAUGCCGGAGGGGAGUUUACAAUUGGUGCUGGCUUCUCGGUGGCCUGUCCCUGUCCAGCGCGCUCCGGCAGAGGUGGCGGUGGCUCAGUCUGGGAUGGAUACUGCGUUGAAUUUGACUUUUCUCGACCAGCCCCGGGUAAACUCGCAUCUCUAGGGACCGCAAGGAUUAUUUACAGGGAGCUCGCCAACCAAACACAAGUCUAAUUUAACCUUUCCAAGUCCUCGUAAAUUUUUACAGCUGCGAGUCACGAGGAGCCAAACGAAUCUGUUGGUCGUUCCCAACUUCCCACCAGCCUGUGUGGCUUCUGAACAAUAACUCCUUAUGAAAUAUCAUAAAUAUAGAUUUAAAUACAGUAGAGCGAGAAUGCGAUUUGGCUGCCUUUUUAUGGCUUCAAUUAUUGUCUAAUUUUAUGUGAGGGGCUCUGCUGGCCGCACUCGCGCGCGGGACCCGCGUCUUGCUGAUGGCGUGAUUAAUUGUGAUAUAAAAUAGUCCGCUUAAGAAGUGUGUGUCUGGAGGUGGCGGGGUGGGGGGGGGGAGGGAGUACAGAGGCAAGGCCAGAUUUGAUCUUUUAAUCUUCGUUGGCCACAAUUAAAACAAACCCGAUCGCGAAGCGCCACGAUCCCUUUGCAUAAAAACAUAUGGCUUUUGCUAUAAAAAUUAUGACUGCAAAACACCGGGCCAUUAAUAGCGUGCGGAGUGAUUUACGCGUUAUUGUUCUGCCGGUCGGGCACGUGACGCGCGCGGCCAAUGGGGGCGCGGGCGCCGGCAACUUAUUAGGUGACUGUACUCCCCCCCCCCCGGUGCCACCAAGUUGUUACAUGAAAUCUGCAGUUUCAUAAUUUCCGCGGGUCGGGCCUGGCCGGCCAGGCGCGGGGCACGGAGAUGGCCACCACCGGGGCCCUUGGCAACUACUACGUGGACUCAUUUCUGCUGGGCGCUGAUGCCGCGGAUGAGCUGGGCGCGGGCCGCUACGCGCCGGGAGCCUUGGGCCAGCCCCCCAGGCAGGCCGCGGCGCUGGCCGAGCACCCCGACUUCAGCCCUUGCAGCUUCCAGUCCAAGGCGGCUGUGUUUGGCGCCUCGUGGAACCCGGUGCACGCGGCGGGCGCCAACACGGUGCCCGCGGCCGUGUAUCAUCACCAUCACCACCACCCCUACGUGCACCCCCAGGCGCCCGUGGCGGCGGCGGCGCCGGACGGCAGGUACAUGCGCUCCUGGCUGGAGCCCACGCCCGGCGCGCUCUCCUUCGCGGGCUUGCCCUCCAGCCGGCCUUAUGGCAUUAAACCUGAACCGCUGUCGGCCAGAAGGGGUGACUGUCCCACGCUUGACACUCACACUUUGUCCCUGACUGACUAUGCUUGUGGUUCUCCUCCAGUUGAUAGAGAAAAACAGCCCAGCGAAGGCGCCUUCUCCGAAAACAAUCCUGAGAAUGAGAGCGGCGGAGACAAGCCCCCCAUCGAUCCCAGUAACCCGGCUGCCAACUGGCUCCACGCUCGCUCCACGCGGAAGAAACGCUGCCCCUAUACAAAACACCAAACGCUGGAACUGGAGAAGGAAUUUCUGUUCAACAUGUACCUCACCCGGGACCGCAGGUACGAGGUGGCCCGACUGCUCAACCUUACGGAGAGGCAGGUCAAGAUCUGGUUCCAGAACCGCAGGAUGAAAAUGAAGAAAAUCAACAAGGACCGAGCGAAAGACGAGUGAUGCGACUCGAGUUCGUUUAGAAAAGAGAGAGUGAGCUAGAGAGAAAGAAUUGCCCGUCCCUUUCUACCCCCACCCCACCCCACCCCACCCCACCCCAGCCUCCACCUAGGCCUCCAACAAGGCAGUUGGAUACUCCAGGCCUCAAGUCCUAGGCAAACCCUGUUCAGGCUGGUUCCUUGGCCUGCCACUUUGAUGGAGGAGGUAUUGUAAGCUUUCCAUUUUCUAUAAGAUUAAAAAAAAAAAAAAGCGGGGGCAUUAGCGCUGAUGGUUCUAUGUGCUAGCUUGUAUAUAUUAAAAAAAAAAAAUCUACCUGUUCCUGACUUAAACAAAAAAACUACCUUUUUAUAAUGCACAACUAUUGACGGCGGGCUGUAUAGUUUUUAGACUGUGUGUAGUUAAUUUAAUUUGCUCUUUGUGCGGCAGAGCGAUCUGCCCAGAUACUUGAAUACUGUGUUUUAUUGUGGUAAUUAUGUUUUGUGACUCAAACUUCUGUGAUGGGUGAUGCACCCCUUGUGAUUGUGAAAGCUAGAAUUCGAUUUGAACUCAGGUUGUUUAUGAGGGGAGAAAGCAGUUGCAUAGAGUAUAGCUCUGUAGUGGAAUAUGUCUUCUGUGUAACUAGGCUGUUAACCUUUGAUUGUAAACUAGCUGUAAGGAUUUCCCAGUGACAUAAAAUUUUAAAACAAAAAAAGAAAGCAUUCUCCGGGAUGCAUAGAUUCAUGGUUUUCUCCAUUUUUGAAAUGCGGACAUUUUAGUUUCUACAUGCUCUCUAGAUCUAUCUUGUCCAUUGUAUAUAUAUAAUCCACAUAUUAAAGAAAAAGUAAACAAGCUUGAAUAUUGUUUUUGCACCAAACAGUGAGGAAAUUUGGAGCUAUACUACGUAUGUGCAGAUGGUUACUACCUAUGGUUUACGUUUAAUUUUAAUUGGGGAAAAAAUGAAUGCUUAUUGUAAUGGAGUUAAUUUUAUUGAUAAUAAAUUAUACACUAUGAAACCGCCAUUGGGCUACUGUAGAUUUGUAUCCUUGAUGAAUCUGGGGUUUCCAUCAGGCUGAAUGCACACUGUAUAUUUUGCAAUAGUUACCUCAAGGCCUACUGACCAAAUUGUUGUGUUGAAAUGAUAUUUAACUUUUUGCCAAUAAAAUAUAUUGAUUCUUUUCUAA